AUGGAUUCAACGCUGUUGCUGUUGUUCGCUUACGUGGUACUGCUGGGUUUCGGGCUAUUCGUCUUUCUGUUUGGGGAAUCGGCUUCAUUUGAUGGCACCGUUAUAAGCUCCGCGCACUACUGGAUCACGUCAGGAGUUUUCGAGAUUCCGUUUUACCUUCUCGGUUUCUUCUUUGGCGAAAGAGGUGAACGAGCUGGUGACGUCAUCUUCCACUUCUGCUGCGAGCAACGAAACCCUCUUUUCCAGAUCAUCUACCUCGUCCUCGUGAUAGGAGGCUACUACGCCUUCCACGUCUACUGCAUGAGCUUCAUCCCCGGACCCUACCUCUCCGCCAUCCACAGGUACACGGCCCCAGCAUCCCUCAUCGCCACCCUCACAACGUUCCUUAUAGCGAGUAUAUCCGACCCCGGUACAGUCACAUCCGCUACAGUGCAGCAGACCCAGGCACUGUAUCCAUAUGAUGGGGUCAUCUACACCAGACGAUUUUGCUCCUCCUGCAAAAUACCCAGGCCAGCACGAGCCAAGCACUGCAGGGUGUGCAACCGUUGCAUUUCCAGAUUCGACCACCACUGCGGAUGGGUGAACAACUGCGUUGGGGAGAACAACCUUCGUUACUUUCUGCUCUUUCUCUUUGCAAACAUCUGCUUUCUGGCGUAUGGCGUGUUUGGCGUGUGCUCCAUCCUGGCAGGCGAAAUCACCCGCAGCAAAGUCAUCGCCGCGAUCAUAGCUUCUAUAACUGCCUUCCCUCUCUUCUCCCGACUCUCCUCCUCCCCUAUCCCCAGUGGCUCCCUCACAGUCUACUUCCACUGCCAGUGCGCGCUGCGCCUCUUCUUCGUCGUUGUUUCUGUUUCUGCCCUCUCAUCUACCUGA